UCUUAACAAGUUUAAAAUUGGCGCCAUGUGUUGACCUUAUCACAAGUUACUUCAAACCUUCGCGGUCCGUGAUCAGGGUCUAUUUUGUACUAGGUAUGAAUGUAUUCAAUAAUCAAUCGUUUUUAAUGAUGAAAAAAAUGUUAUGAAAUAUUUGCAUUAUUAAAUUAAGUAUGUAAUGAAAGGGACAUUUAUGAUCUCAGAUAUCAAUUGACUUCAGCAGCUUGUGACAAUCUCGCAGUGUAAUGGCAGACUUCGCAGUUCACUUAUCAUUUCCCUAACUUCAUUAUUGUUGUGCUCGGCAUUUGUUCGUGUUGAAGUUUGUCUCCCAUGGAGGAAUUUUAUUAUUAUCGCUGCGAUAAAUCGUCAUUUGAAAUCAAAUCCAAGUAAUAACCAAGCACAAUUAUUCGCUUUUAAAAAGUCUUCAUUAGACAUUGGAGAACAUGACACGAUUUGGUUAGGUUAGACAGCAUUGUACGCCUCCCUUGGCGCACCCUGAAGAAGGAAUGGGAUCGCUGAGUCUCAUUUGUCCAAUGUGCUGUGGCGAGACCUUCAACAAUCCUCAGUCAUUGAAGUAUCACUUACUAAGUAUUACGGACAAUUUAUACUGCCCUGGAUGUUCUCAACGUUUUGACUCUGUAUCGGCGUUGAUUCAACACCUGGAUCACUGUGGUCAGUCACCAAAGUCAGAAAGUGAAGUCUUGAUGGAGGGGAAUGUCGAACAAAUUAGCAAGAGUUUUUUAGCCACUGUCAAGGACGGAGACAUCAUGAUUGUGGGAGAGCCAAGUUCCAUUCAAGUUGGUGAUAAUGAAGAAUUCAAUGUGAUGGAAAAAAUGGAUGUUGAGGAAAGACAAGUCAAUGAUGUUGCACCUGUGACGAAAGAUCAAAAAUUACCAGUUCCAUCUUUAGUUAAUGAACCUAAACGAAAAUCUCCAACACCAAACCCAUUGGUGGAAUUAACAACAGUUGAAGCCAACAAUCAAGAUGCUGAUAAAAAUCUUAUUACCAUUUUAUCUGGGGGUCCAGAACUUAUGGAUAAUGAAGACAGUAAUUUAAUGAGCCAUACUCAUAGUCUUAUAGAAGAUGUCGAUGGAGUAGAAGACAUCAAUAAUCCAGAACUUCUUCAUGUCAAGCAGGAAAUCUGCGAGGUAAAACUUGAAGAGUUGGAAGCUGAUGCCUUGUAUAGCUGCAGUAGUUGUGGUAUGAGUUUCAAUUCAGUUUUGGAGCAUAUCAAAGAGUUUCACGAUGGGCAAGAGGUUGUCUUAGAAAUGGCGGAACCACCGUUGGAAAACCUACCGACACCUGCUUCAAUUACCCCGCCGCAGGAGCCGACACCUGUACCAGGAGGUCGUCAGCGUCAAACAAUGAAUACUUUAAGAACAGAGGAAUGUGUUGACAGUGAGGGCAGACUGUAUACUAGAAAAGUUGUACAGAUUGAGAGAUUUUGGGAUCGGCCAACAUCCUCACCUCCACCUGCUAAAGCACCUAUGAUUGAGAAAUUUUUUUCAAACGUGGAAGGUGUAAAGGUCAGAGAUAAGAAUCUACCUCCAGGACCAACGCGGAUGUACCGUUGCAAUCAGUGCCUUGAACAUUUUGCUAAGUUGGGAGGUUUUCGGGUCCAUGUCUGUCUUCGUGGUAAUAAUCAAUGCAGCCACUGCGAUCAAGCGUUUGCCACAGCCCGAGCAUUGCAGUUACAUACGAAGGUACAUGAUAGUGAAACAGAUGGGAUGCAGCGUUUGUUCGUCUGUUCCACAUGUGGCACAGAGUUCUCAUCUCACAAAAGCCUCCGGUUGCAUUCGCGAAUGCAUGCACCAGUGAGGGCAAGGCAUGUUGAUGCUCCAGAAGGCACUCACAGUGCCACCUUCACUUGCCCUGAAUGUGGAAAAGUUUUGUCUGAAUCAUAUCGAGUAGCACACAUGGCUCUGCAUUCUGGUGGUUCAGUUACCUGUACUAUUUGCAAUCGGAAAUUCGAAUCAGCCGAUAGUUUGGCAAUGCAUGCUGCAGUCCAUACUGAGCCAAAUCAGUCUCAUUCACCAACUCCACCUCGAGGUGAAGGAAGUGACAGUGUUGACGCCCAAAAACCUUAUCAGUGCCAACAUUGCAGUCGUCGUUUUGCUAGACCUCACGAAAAAGUGAAACAUGAACGCAUUCAUACUGGAGAGAAACCCCAUGCUUGUGAGGUAUGUGGCAAGACAUUUCGCGUAUCUUACUGUUUGACAUUACACAUGCGAACUCACACCGGAGUACGUCCUUAUGUUUGUCAGCAUUGUGGCAAGAGGUUUAAAGCAUCCUCAGUGUACAAUCAUCACUUGCUCACUCAUGGGGAAGAAAGAGCAUACACAUGUCCAUAUUGCCCAAAAACUUUCAAAACUCGAGUUCAACUUGCAGGGCAUAAAAAUAGUCAUACAAAACCAUUCAGAUGUACUGAAUGCUCCAGACCAUUUGCCUCGUUAUAUGCCGCCCGUGCGCAUAUACAAACUCACAAGAAAGAUAAUAAUCUUAAAUUUAGUUGUUUUAUUUGUGGAGCUUCGUACGGUAGAGCAUUCGCCUUGAAAGAUCACUUGAAACAACAUGGUCAAGAUAUAUCAGCUCCUCCGGAGCCAUCUAGAGAAGAAGAAGUGCACGAAGGAGAGAAUUUUAUGCUUCCCGAAGAAGAAGUAGAUGAUGAUGAUCUAGUUAUUCCUUCACCAUUACCAGUUGCACAAUCAUCCGAAGCAGAUGAAUCUGAUUGAGGAUAUUGUAGCUAGUCAAAUUUUGUUGUUAUGUUGCGUUUGUCGACAUUACCAGUUAGUAGUUAAGUACUAUUGAAGCAAUACUCACGCUCUACAAUGGCAUAUCUCUAUUCUCUUCUAUAGAAACACUAAGAGGAAUGCGCAUCAAAGUAUUACGCAGACUGGAGUACACGGAAUAUUAUUUGAAUUCCACAUUAAACGAUUUUAUUGCUCACCAUACUACUAUCUGGGAAUAACGAGGCACCAGAAAACCCAUUUGUCGCUUAGUCGAUACAUCAAUUUUAUCGCAAUGUAGAUAAUACAGUGCGAUGGGUUUCUCUUAAUU